AAGAUCUAUAAUAAACACCAUCUGCAAAUUUAAUUUCAAAUGUUUUUUCCGUGGAUAGAUGAAACUUAAGUUUUUACUUCAAAAUGUUGAAAAUCGUACGUCUCUAUUAUUUUUUCUUUAACAGUUGUUUUAAAAUCAAUCGAGACUCUUGUAUUUUGAAAUGGAUAGUAGUGUGAAUUGGUUUUUAAAGAGCUUCAGCCCUUGAAAAAGAAAAGCUUUUAAAGGCUUUUUCUGUUGACAAAAGAAAACUUUUUCAAUUAUUACGUUUUUAGACCUUGACAGAGCAACUUUAAAUUAAAGGUGUCGUUAUAUGUUGAAAAAUAUUUUCUCUAGUUCUCCAUUUCGUUGUUAUAGUAAAGUCAACAAUGAUGGAUUUGAAAAAAUAGCUAUUGCAACUAUUUUUUCAGUCAGCAAGAACUGCUUCCUGUACAGAUCUAAUACUAGUGAUAGGAGAGUGUUCUUUUCCACUUUUGACCCACGAGAGAACUUUGUGUAAGUGCAACUCUGUGGCGUGUUAUGAGUUAUAGUUGUUUUCAUUUUAGCUAGCAUAAUCUCAUACAACAUACACAAGCGAUUCAACAAUCAUAUAUUGUUGAUGCCUUUUAUUUUCAGACCUGCUUUUAUCUUGAAUUUUUUGUCAAUAUGGGGACAAAAUCCGAUAUGGAUCGUAUUGGUUUAUUUAAAGAAAUGGAAUACUUUACGAUUAAAGAUCCAUAUAAAGAACCAGCUCGUUUUAAUUUUAAUGAAGCAGCAUACAAACAAAAACAAAUGUUGUCUAGGGGAUCGAAAAUACGAUCGACUGGUUCUUUAGCAGGCUAUUUUGAUAAAGAAUUUAAAAUAAUACCCGGAUCAUAUGUUGAUCCAAUAUCAAUGAGACGUAAAAUGCGAUUGAAAGAGAAAGAGAAAAAUAUUGUUAAAAAAUCAUUUGUCACAAUGUACAGAGCGAGAAGUCCCGAGGGUCUCGGCUCGUUUUAUGGCACAUUUCAAGGUCCCAUUAAGGACAUUGAUCCUACAAAAUCAAAAUAUCGUGAGCGACCGAAAAAAGUUGCAGAAAAAAUCAAUUUUAAAGUAAAUCCAUCAAAAAAGGGAACAGGCUAUGGCUAUCCUAAUUUGGGAAUUGAAAAAGAUCCACCGUAUGCAUACAAAGAUAAAACAGAUAGUUACAAUGCACCACUUGAUACUCAAAAGAAAGAAUCAGAAAGUCAUAAAGCAGCAAUGAAAGCUGGCGUUUUCAAAUUAAAUAUGCAUCCAAAAGAAUAUUUUGAUAAAAAUCCAUUUCUUGAAGAUCCAAAAGUAAAGGGAGGUGGAGAUAAAGAACGAUCAAAAUCAGCUCCAUCCGAUACAAAACCAUUUAAACCAAGUUCACCAGGAAAAGCGUUAGGCGGUAAUAAAGAUGGUUGUUUUUCUAAAUUUCCAAUUCGAUCAGAAAAAGAUCCAUUUGUUAUCGGUACAAUUUAUUCUCAAGUUAAAAAUGAAAUGAAUAAACAAGGGAAAACAUUUUAUCCAAAUAAAUUUCCAAAAUCUCGGCCUUCAGAGUCAACAAUUAAUAAAAAUAUUAAUAUACAAAUAAAUCGUCAAAAUUAUAAGAGUAUGCAUAAUUACUCAUCAUUCAAUGUAUUACCAACUAUAUCACAAAGAGCAACUGUACGAUGA